AUGUGUUCAAAAACAAUUGAAAGAGUUGUUGCCCCCUGCCUGCUUGAGGAAAUGAUCGCCGAUAUCGGUGAUCACUUCUACUCUCUGAUUAUCGACGAGUCAACAGACGCUACUACCAUUAGGCAACUAGCGCUGUGUGUAAAGUACUACAGCAGAAAGUACAAGAAGUUUCUUGUGGAAUUUCUGGGUCUCAUUGAGACGCCCGUCGCCACAGCCGAUAAGCUCUAUGAAGUUGUCACAUUGUACCUCACUACUAUUGGCUUAAAACUUAACCGUCUCCUGGGUCUCGGCACCGACAGAGGAGCGAACUUGUGCGGGUGCAAUCAUUCCCUCUACACGCUUUUGAAGAAAAUCCAUUGCCCCUGGCUGAUGCUUGUCAGGUGUACAUGCCACUCGCUGGACAAAGCGGCUUCGUACGCCAGCAAGGAGCUUCCAGAUACCCUGGAGUUUCUCCUUAGAGUCAAAGAAUCAUUUCAAGAAUAG